UGUAAUGACGUUUGAUCUUGUGGGCGGGGCGCUCGAGUUCCUCUGGGAGGAGCGACAACCUCUGACACGUACGACUGCCUCAAUAAUUUGGAGCAAGGUGAUUCAGUUACAGGAAAAGAAUACGUCCAAUGCGUUUCCGUUAGCAAUCGAGACGUUUUCUUGAUGUGCGCUAUUCUGUUGAGAAGGUCGCGCUUAAAGGAGGUGUGUACGGCACCAGUAGUCGGAGUGCAAUGAGGUUUUCUAUGUUGAUCGGUCUGUUAAGGCCGAUCGGCCCGGUUAUUAUCGGGAUCUCGCUGGGAUUUACUCUGAGUUUGCUGAGUGUGAGCUGGGUAGAGGAGAGCUGUGAUAUUAAUACCAUAGCAGAUGAAGGAAUCAUUUCAUCCCAGGAUGGAAGUCUGAAAGGAGCUCGGAGACCCAACUCCAUUUCCACUGGGAAUGAUGGUGAGGAGGAGGAGGAGGAUUUCCAGCCGAGAAUAAUCCCAUAUAAACCAGUCAAACAGUCUCAGCCCAAGAAACUUUUCAGGGCAAAAUACAUCAGCACAGAGCUGGGAAUCCGAGAGCGUCUUUUUGUGGGAAUACUCACCUCCAAAAACACCAUCAGCACUCUAGGUGUGGCCGUCAACCGCACCAUCAGCCACCAUCUGGACAAUGUUGUGUUCUUCACUGGUACGCGAAGCCGCAAGAUACCCCACGGGAUGGUUGUGGUCACCCAUGGUGAUGAACGCCUCAUCUGGAACAUGUUCCAGACCAUCAAGUACAUUCUAGAACACUACAUCACAGAGUACGACUGGUUCUACCUCGCCCAGGACGACACGUACACUCAGGCGGAUCGUAUCAAGGCUCUGGUGGAACACUUAAGUAUGGACAGGGUGCUGUAUAUGGGAAGCCCUGAAGAGUUCAUCGGAGGUGAGAUGCAGGGGCGGUAUUGCUAUGGGGGUUUUGGAUACCUGCUGUCCCGCAGUCUUCUGCUAAGGCUCCAGCCCUUCCUGGAGAACUGCAGGAACGACAUCCUCAACGCCAAACAUGACGAGUGGCUUGGCCGAUGCAUCAUUGACUACGCUGAUACCAACUGCGUGGAAGAAUUUGAGGGGCAGAAGUAUUAUUAUUAUGAAAUGGGAAAAUAUUCUGACCCCAGUAAGGAAGAUAAUGUGCAGUUUAAGAAUGCAUUGACCGUCCACCCAGUGUCUGAUCCAGAGCAGAUGUACAGACUUCACAAACACUUCACUGAGAUCGAGCUGCAGAAGACAUAUCAGGAAAUCGAAAAACUGCAGGCGGAAAUAAAAAAUGUGAGUGUGGUGGCUUUCGAGGGCAACCGUAGUGCCUUGUGGCCAGUUGGAAUCAAUCCACCCUUUGAGCCAAAGACACGUUUUGAGGUCCUGCGGUGGGAUUACUUCAACGAGGAUCAGGUGUACUCCUGCAUCGAUGGCUCUCCGAAAUGCGAGCUCCGUGGAAUCGAUAAACUGGAUGUAGCUGACGUCAUUGAGACGGCUAUGGGUGAGCUGAACAAGAAGUACAAGCCCGUUCUGCACCUGAAGAAGCAGCAGCUUAUUAACGGAUACAGGCGCUUCGACCCCACCAGAGGGAUGGAGUACACCCUGGACCUCCAGCUGGAGGUGGUUAACCAGAAAGGACACAGUCGCUCCAUCACCAAGAGGGUCCACCUGGUGAGGCCUCUCAGUCAUAUUGAGAUCAUCCCCAUGCCUUAUGUUACAGAAGCAACUCGAGUCCAUAUCAUCCUCCCCGUCACUCUUCAAGACCGAGACCAAGUUCAGCAGUUUUUGGAAGUGUACGCCACAAAUGCGUUUGAAACCAGUGAGAAUGCCAUCUUGACCUUUUUCUUUAUCUACAAUACAAUUGAGGCCCAACAAGUCAACCAGAAUGACAUCUUCGCCAGCGUCAAAUCGCAAAUCGGUGCUUACGAGCACCGGUAUCCAACGGUCAGAAUCCCCUGGAUCAGCGUUAAAAGUGAAAGUCCCUCUCAAAUCAAGUUUAUGGAUAUCAUCUCCAAGAAACACCCGGUUGACACGUUGUUCUUCAUCGCCACUGUGAAAACCAACAUCAACUCGGAGUUCCUCAAUCGCUGUCGGAUGAACUCCAUCAAUAACUGGCAGGUGUUUUUUCCCAUCCAUUUCCAAUACUACAAUCCCAACAUUGCCUAUCAUAACCAGCCUCUUCCCAAUACAAUGGAUUUGGUCAAAGAGUCCGGCCACUUUGAUCGCAGCUCCUUCACCGAAGCAUGUUUCUACAACUCAGACUACAUGGCGACUCGGACACACAUGUCUUCAGAUGUCCAGGAAAACGAGGAGAUCCUGGAGAACCUGGACAUAUAUGACAUGUUUGUAAAAUACUCUGGCCUUCAUGUUUUCCGAGCAGUGGAGCCGGCCCUGCAUCAGAAAUACAGCUACCAGCCAUGUAAUCCUCGUCUUAGUGAAGAUAUCUACCAGAGGUGCAUGCAGAGCACCCUGGACAGCCUCGGAUCACGCUCUCAGCUCGCCAUGCUGCUGUUUGAACAGGAACAGGGCAACAGUACUUAAAACCAAACCCAGAAGAUCUUGAGAUGACUGAGAGGUGUAAACGUCCAUUGGGCUGAUGCUUCACUAGUAGCCGGUCUGUGGAAUCACAGUGCCGGCAAUCAAAAAUGCUGUCGGUACCAAAAGAAAGACUAAAAACAUUUGAAAUCUAUUUAAAAAUAACCGAUUUUUGUGACAACAGGGGAUUUAUGAUUUGCUAUCUUUCUCUUUGGAGCAGAGUGAUUUAUGUUGGCUCUUAAAGCAAGCAGCUGUUAGCUGUUGAAAUGAUCACUACCGUAACAUAUCUAAAUCGCCGUGCCUUCAAAAAUAUGCUGUCCUUCAUAACACUUUUUUUCUUGUCAUCACAGACACUUUUGCUCAAGCAGAUUUGUUUAAAAGAGUUUUAAUGUUCGUUUACUGUAACAGGGUUUUUGUUGUAUGAAGGAACCGUAUCUAGAUUCUAACAAUGGGUUUAUUAUUGUUGAAAUGCUUCAGUCAGUUCACACUCCAAAUUUAUUAACCCUCUAAUGCUAGCUUGUUAAAUCUAAGGUAAAAAUCAUUGUCUUAUUGACCAUUAGUGCCAAAAACCAAAUGUUGAGACCGUUUAUUCUAACACUAUUUUGUCCAAAGUGUUUAAACCGGCGUGGUUCCAUACUGUAUGUAAUUUAUGCUUGAAUUCUGAGCAGCAGAACACAAAAUAUUUUUACCAUUGAAACCGCCUCGAAGAGAUUUUUUUCUGAUGAAACAAGUUAACAUUUGCACUAAUACUUUCAUUGCAAGUCUUUCUCGUAUAUCAGUAAUGAUGCACAAUACGCCUGUCAAAGCAUUUCAUUCUGUUCUAGAAAGAUUAUAGGGUGCAUUACAUGGUUAUAGUUAGUUCCUGUGCUGUCUACCAGAGAGGAGUGCAAUACUAGUGCAUUACUGUUCAGAUGGUGUAGCGUAUUGAGUCUGCUUAGAGCCUGCUGAUGGAAACACUCCAGAUGAGUUAAGCGCAUCUAUUGAACACAUUUCUGAAGAUGCACUACAGAGAGCCUCCAUUACGUACCAUUCCAAACACUUCACAAAACAUAAUGUGUUUUUGUGACAUUAUAUUGGGUUAUAUAAGAUAAUUCAGAUUUGUUUGUUUGUUUUGCAAAGUGAGUGUAUAAAGCCUGUAUCUAUUUUUGUGGGUCUUUUUUUUUGUCCCUAUUUCUUGGUACACGUGUUUACUGUUUACUUAGUGUUGUGUUGAAAAUAUUUUGCUUUUUUUUUUUUUAUUUAAACAAUCAUAAUCUUAAUGCAGUACACUGACAACAUUUUACAAAAGUGACUUUUGUUACACAAUAUCAUGAUGCUGGAUAUCAAAUGAUUUUGCAUACAGGAGCUGUGAAAUAGGUUUUACACCGUGAUAUGUUUUGUACAUUUUUAAAUGACACAUGCACAACAUGAGCAUCACAAAAUGAGCACAGAUUAAAGCCGCUACUGGCCUUUAGGGGUCAGCAAAGGAGCAUGGGAUUACCUGCUCUCGGAUAUGUAUACUUUCACAGGGCUGUUUCUUAACCUCACCUUUGUGGAUUUUUUUCACUAUAAAUAUUCUUUAUAAAUCUAUUGUAUUUUGUUUUAAUAAUAUUGUACAAAAUGUUUAAUAAAGACUUUAUUUUU